AUGGCCGCUUCCGUACCUUCCGACUUUCUGAACCAGUUCCCGCGCGGCUGUUGGGGCUCUACCUUUCGUGCCGCCGAUCCUGACACAGCGGGGCAGGGGACGAGCCACCCCUGCGUGCCGAAGAAGCUGGACCUCGAGGUCCGUAGCGCACCAGACGAGUACGGCAGUGGCCUGAUGCAAGAGCUGGACGAGGAGGAGUUUCCCCGCCUCCCCAUGCGUCGGGCAGUGGGGCGCGCGUUUGUGAACCUCGAGUGCUCCGCGGACGCCGAGAAGCGUGUGGACACGGCGUCCCUGGAUUCUGACGCCGGCAGCACAUUGGACGCCAGCCCGCAGGAUGCCUACGCUUCCUCGCGCGAUUCGGACGCCUGCUGGCAGGAUGCCUUCGUCCUCUCGCACGAUGCCAGCGCCAGCUGGCAGGAUGCCGACGCGCACAGCAGCCCGGAGCAGAGCGCAAGGUUGUGUAUGGUCUUGCUCCCGUGUGUUCAGGAGGCCUGGAUCGGUUGUUCUUCGCCGACGCGCGCCACUUCGCUGACGCUGCUGAACGUGCCGGCGCACUACACGGACUGGAUGCUGAGUUGCACGCUCUACAGUUUGGGGCUGCUGUCGAGCUGCAACCUGCUGCACCUGCCGCGCGCGCAGGCCGUUGGAGACGCGCUGACCCUGAACGUGGGGCACGCCCUGCUGAAUUUUAGGACUCCUGACGACGCAGAUCUCGCGCGCAGCCGCCUCACGGGCCACGCCUGGGAUAUCCCGAUGGUGCCGCGGGGCGCAACUGCGCCCAGGUCGAGGACGCUGCGCCUCAGGGCUACCAGGCCUGCUCAGACUACGUCGAACUCCUCACCAGUGGGCAGACCAGCAGCAGCAGCAUGCUGGACUGGCUGGACGUCCCCGCCCUCAAUCCGGGGUCGCCAGCAUGGCGGAACUACUGAUGCUUUCGCCUUCGUCCCCCAGCGGGUCGUGUUGGCUCCAGGCCCCGUGUGGCUGGACACGAUUUAG